CUGUCACUCUAAGUUUCAAGCUUCUGCUUUAAAAUCUGGGAAACUUUUUUCAACUUCCUCCUCCCUAGAAUCAGUGGUGAGAAGCUGCUCAUACCUAGUAUUAAUUAACGUUUCACGUUCUAGAGGAACACAACGACUAUAGGAAAAGCUAACAUUUCUGUUACCAGAAGGUGAUCUAAAAUGGCGAAUGUUCCCGAACUGCUGCUGCUGAGUUUUCAGCAUCUGGAUUCAGGCGAGCUGAAGACAUUUCAGUGGUACUUAAAGGGGCAUGUGUUGGAUGGAUUUCCUAGCAUCCCAAAGAGCCAGCUGGAGAAUGCCAACAGACAGGUCCCAGUGGAUAAGAUGGUGGAGAGUUACAGUGAUGAGGGAGCUGUGCGAAUCACACUGGAUAUCCUGAGGAAAAUGAGCCUGAACAAUCUCUCAGAAAAUUUUGAGAAGAACUACAAAGCAGCAAUCUCUCGGAAGCGGUUAUGGAAGCAGGCUGAGAGGGAUGAACUGAAUGAGGAGGUCCCAAGCGGCUCAUAUGAACUGUCAUCUGUGUCUGAUGGGAAGCGUGGUCGUCUGAUGUCUGUGACCUCUAGGCUGGGGGAAGAGCUGGAGGAUCUGGGCAAGAAGACACAGGCUGAGUGGGAUGAGCUGAUCAGGGACUCAUCUGGAAUGUUGGCCCCGUCUAGGGUGGAGCAUAAUCAACUGGAGAUCACUAGGCUGAAGGAGAAGCAGAAGGAACUGAUCAUGAAGGAAACCCAGCUUGUUGAGUGUAUGAUAGUGGUUGUUCUGCAGCGACUUAAUGAAGUAAAGCUGCAGCAGUUUCAGUGGCACCUGACUAAGGGGAAGUUGGAAGUCUUCGAUCCCAUCCCAAAGGACCAGCUGAAGAAAGGUGACAGGAAAGACACAGUGGAUAAGAUGGUGGACAAGUACAGUCCUGACGGAGCUGUGGGAAUCACAGUGAAGAUUCUGAGAAAGAUUAAGCUAAACGAUCUCGCUGUUGAGUUAGAAAAUAACUACAGAGAAGCUGAGGGAGCAAAAGGACAUGGGGAAAGUCGAUUCCUCCACUCAAACUCUGGCCACCUCUCCAACUCACCAGAAACGCCAAUCUAAUGUUUCUGGAAAUAAGAGCUUUGGUGUAAAUGUGAUUUUUUUAAAAACGUUUUGUUUAUUUAUAUUGAAUAAUUCUGUGUUUUACAAGACCGACGAAGAGCAUUACAUUUCCUCAGUUAAGAAUUUAGGUGAUCAAGGCAACAUCUUAUCACACAAUCUUAUGAGCUGAUAUGGUGUCUGUUGGACACCAUUGGACAUAAGCACAACAUUUUUUAUGAAGAUGUACAUACACUAUUUACUAGCAGUAAAAGUGUCACAUAAGUAAAAAUGGGGCGGCAGGGUAGCCUAGUGGUUAGAGCGUUGGACUAGUAAGUUCAAACCCCUGAGCUGACAAGGUACAAAUCUGUUGUUCUGCCCC